GGGUGCAUAUUCGUAGAAGGGAGAAGGAGGAGGUGGGGUGACCGUGCUUGGUUGGAUGUUGUCAUGUAUGAGCAGCCUUAGGAUGCACAAUAGCGGGUCGAGAUCACUAAACGGAAUUGCGGAUUAGAAGAAGAGGAGGACGGGAGUUGGGGGGUGGGGGGGCCAAGAAAGCUCUUUCAUACCACCAUAAAAACGCACACACACACACAAGAGGCAGGCAGGAAGGAAGGAAGGACGGAGACGGAGCGCUCGGGACCGGAGGACUCCGAUGCUGUUGUUGUUGUUGUGGCGGCGACGAUGCGGCCCCACUGCUGGGUGAUGGUGGCUCUGGCGGGGGUCAUGUCGUACAUGAGCCCGGAGAGAGCGCUCGGAGCCCCGCAGAGGGAAGUUUCUCAGAGCAGGACGGCGUCGCUGUCUCCUCCGCCUUACGUGGUCAUCCUCAUCUCGUGCUCGGGGCUGGUCUCCUUUGUUCUGCUGCUCCUCACCUGUCUGUGCUGCAAGAGAGGCGGCGUGGGAUUCAAUGAGUUUGACAAUGCGGACGGGGAGGAGUGCUCGGGAGGGUCCAGUCCCAUCCAGGAGGACAGCCUGUCGUCAUGCCCCUCGCUCCCGGAGGUCUACACUUUGCCCAUCAGGGAGAGGCCCAACUGCGCCGCCCUGCACCAUGGAGACUCCAAGACCCAGUACUUCAAAAGGCACACUUUGAACUACCUGCAGGAGAUUGGAAAUGGCUGGUUUGGAAAAGUGAUCCUGGCCGAGGUGCUGUGCGACUGCAGCUCCUCGCAGGUGGUGGUGAAGGAGUUACGGGUCGGCGCCAGUCCGCUGGAGCAGAGGAAAUUCUUGGCCGAGUCGGAGCCGUACAGGAGUCUGAAACAUCCCAACAUCCUUCAGUGUUUGGGCCGGUGCAGCGAAAGCAUCCCUUUCCUCCUGGUCAUGGAAUUCUGUCAGCUGGGUGACCUGAAGCAUUACCUGCGAGCCCAGCGGAAGGCUGACGGGAUGACGCCGGAGCUUCCCACGCGGGACCUGUUGACUCUUCAGCGGAUGGCCUUCGAAAUCGCAUCGGGCCUGCUGCACCUUCACGAGAACAGCUACAUCCACAGUGAUCUGGCUUUAAGAAACUGCCUGCUGACCUCCGACCUCACCGUGAGGAUCGGCGACUACGGCCUGUCGCACAAUCAAUACAAGGAGGACUAUUACCUCACUCCUGACAAGCUUUGGAUUCCUCUACGAUGGAUCGCUCCGGAACUCCUGGAAGAGUACCGGGGCUCCCUGAUCGUCACUGACCAAACCAAGACCAGCAAUGUGUGGUCCCUGGGGGUGGUCAUAUGGGAGCUAUUUGAGUUUGGCUCUCAGCCUCACAGGCACUUGAGUGACGAGGAGGUUCUGACGUUUGUCGUCAGGGAGCGACAGAUCACGCUUGCCCAGCCAAGACUGAAACUCUCGCAUGCAGAUUACUGGUACGAGAUCAUGCAGUCCUGCUGGCUACCUCCGUCCCAGCGGCCGUCGGUGGCCGAGGUAUUCCUUCUCCUCUCCUCCCUUCUGGCGGCCGAGCGAGGAACGGCGAGGGGGAACGUCGGCGACGAGGAUGAGGAGGAAGAUCGGUACGACGGCGGGAGAAGGAGAGGCGAGAGCGAGGAGUCCUUUGAAAGACGCUGGGACUUGCUCCGCCCACCGGCCUUCCAGGCGGCGGCGGCGGCGGCGCACGAGCGACGGCGAGACCGCCACGGCUCCUACCCUCUGCUGGACCCGGUGGGAAUCCGCGGCACGCAUUCCUCAUCCGAGUUGGACGACAUUCUGACUGUGACCGAAACCAGCAAAGGGUUGAACUUUGAGUAUUUUUGGGAGAAAGCUCACGCCAGGCGGGGCUACAAACCUCUCGCCCCCGCUCAACCCAUUCCGGCCGUGACCAACAACAACCACAGGCAGUCCCUGGACACCCCAACCGUGGUGCCGGUGAUCAGCGCACGCAGCCCUUCCCUCACCAGCGAGUACUACAUCCGACUGGAGGAGCACACUCCCCAGGAGAAGUCGCCGACCCUCAAAGGGAAGAGCCAGCCGUCUUGUCAGCCGGACUCGAUUUGUCCUGGAGACAUGGAGCUCGUGGAACUCCGCAGCGGCAUGCUGGGAAAAGAGCGAGUGCCCUAUUGUUCCUCUGACAAGUGUGCCGGUGCAAAAGGUACGCAGACCGUGCGAUCGAGUGAGGUGAAACUCCAGGUCCCCAACACGGGCGUGGCCGAGUUCCGAGACACUUUGAGCAGAGUGACCGACUUCUCGGUGAUCGAUUUAGGAGAAGAUGAAGAAGAAGAUAAGACUCCUGACAAAAAACCUUCCUCGAGUUCUCAAGCUCCAAUCCUUCCUCCGAAACCUCGCUCGCUGUCUUUGUCAUCAGCCAACCACCUUCACUGGCGGCCGCUUCCCGCACCCCCGCUUGGGUACAGAGGACUUCCUCAUUACAACCCGAGUGGCAAAAUUGAGACCGACCCCCAUCAGAUGAACAGCUGCCCGCCUUCUAGCUUUGGUCACCUGGGACUCCAUCGAGCUCGACAGACUUUGCCGCCAUCUCCGUCCCUCUCUCCCUCCCUUCCGCCAUCCAGUCAUCCCAUUUACCCCCCAACUCAAACGUGUCCGCCGCCUCUCCCUCCUCACGCCAAACAAAGAACUUGCCCGAGCAACAACACAAACUCUUAUUCGAGGUACCGAUCAAUGAGAGACCCGCUAAGCCGUGACCCUGCCAAGAGAGAGACCGGACACACAACGUCAACGCACGACUCAAAGGAGGGCGCUCACUCUUGUGCCAAAGACUUUGAGUCGCCCAUUCGGAGAGAAAACCCCCUGCGCCCGAUUUAUCGCAAUAUACCUCGCCCUCAGCCCAGGACCGAUGGGCAGUCCUCAUCCAGUCCCACCUACUCCGAUGAGGACGAUUCGUCAUUCUAUUCUCCUGAGAAACCGAGCGGCGGCGCCUCGGUCACUCGUUCGAGCCCGUCCGAGGAUGGAGCCCCGGGCUCCGGAGGGAUCCUUUCCCGGGGAAUGAAGAGGACCCAGUCCCGUCUCGACACCAUCUUGCCGGCAAUUUGGAAGGAAGAUGCGGAACUUCAGGCGGAACGCGUAGCCGCCGCCAAGAAAUCCCCCAUGCAUCUGUUUCUGACAGAGCUAGCUACUGCGGCAGAGCCGAGUGAGUGCAAGUCCGACAGUUCGUGGGAAGUUGGGCAGAAGGAGACGAGAGAUGCGGAGCGAUCGAAAAAUCUCGCGUUGCCCAUCAAGGGGAUGCAACGUUCCCAGUCUCUGGUUACAGAGCUGGGCUCAGCCGGACAGUCGUGGGUGUCGGAGAAACACCGGAGCAGCACGGCAGCGACGGAGAAGAACUUGACGGCGUCUCAUGAAUCGUUCCAGCGAGAUCUUUUUCUGACGGAGGUCGACACGGACGCAGAUCUAAAUGGAGGGUCGGGAAAUGAUCCGGUGAAGUACCUCUACCCAUCCGGAUCUAGGUUGCGCCCAUUUGUUUGUGCCCCGGGCCUUCCCUCGUCCACUGAAGCUGAAGACUUUGAUUCAAAAGGCGUAAGAGGGUCACACGCCGAGAUCAUCACUGAGGAAGGAGAGUGUCAACCGCAGCAGACGGAGAAGGAGUCACAGAGAACGGAAAUGACGAGGGAGGAAUUCCUUCAGGAGAUCCAGUCGGCGGAGACGUUUCUAACUGAAAUCAUAUCCAGGCAAAACACGGCGACAAACAGAAAAGAAGCGGAUUCCUCUCCGACGCCUCUCUCGCCGGAGUACGAGUCCAUAUGCAUCGAUCCAAACUCAGCCCAGACCAUCCGCUUUCAAUCGCAGAGCUCCAUAUGCUCAUCUAGCCGAGGAAAAGAUGAAACGCAAACCGAGGCCAUCUACGCCCAAGUCACAAAGCGUGCUAAAAAGACCGAGAUCAAAGUUUCCACCAGACCCGAGAUCCCCGUCCUUCACAUAGGCGCAACCGUGAAAUCGGGCAACCAAGGAAGUGACGCAGAUCCCUGCCGGUCUGGGGACUACGUCUUUUCAGAAAUCAUGCCCAAAAAUGGCCUCCUGCACAACCAAGCGCUUGCUCGUCAGAAAGCAGAAGAAGAGAGUUCGGAUGGACCCGCCUUACCUGCAAGAGGAGAGGGACAAGCCGCAGAUCUUUCACAGCUUUCGGCUCAAGUUUGCAACGAGGACGUCGAAGCCUCCAUCCCUGUGAGAUCGCUCCUUGGAGAUCGUAGUCGCAAAGCUUCUGUCUCUGACAACAGCAAGUUAUCCGGGGAUGACCCGCGGGUCAGCGGUCCAAAGCGAAGAGACGGAAUCGCAGUUGACACCGAAAAGCGCGACACCGAUAAGGUGUCUGGAGCAGCUGAUAUGGAUCGCUUAAAAGAUGACCUGAUCGUCCAGACCACAGAUCUGGACGAUAAGCGUUCACGACAGCACAAUGAGAGUGUCCAAGAAAAACACGUCGCUGACAAAGCCGCCACUGCAACCAGUCCAGAUGGGGAGGCGUCGGGCGACACCUCGCUGAGCACCCCCACGGACUCCGUCCUGUCACUUGCGACAUCCAGUUCUGCCGACUGCCUCACUCCCAGCGAGUCCUGGAUGGGAGUGGGAGGCGGCGGCGGGUGGCGGGCUCUGGGCAAUGAAACGCCGCAUCGGGACUCGGCUUAUUUCUCAGACAGUGAUUGGGAAGGGGACGGGAUGAGCAGGAGGAGCAGCGACGGACUUGCCGGCUCCAGGCAAAGCUGUGCCAGAGGAGGUGAGAGAGGAACCCUCGUGGGGAUCGAGGAAAAAACCGAAACUGAAGAAGAGGGCGAGGCCGAACACAAGUACCCUUCGAGAAACAACCUCCGGAUAUCCGAGAAGAUCAAUACGUCUUGUCAGAAUACGCCCGGAAAUGACUUUGGCACUGCCGCGGAUAUUCCAAUCAAGGGGUUCGAGCCGGGGCAGCGAGAGAAUUCUGGCAUUUUCUUGAACGGUCAGAAAUCCUCCCGACUGCUUGAUGAUCCCCCAAUCCAAGACUGCGUUGACUUUAUUGAUAAGUUGUUCUCCAAAUUAGAAGACGUGCCACUUCAGAGCUUUACGCGCAGCAAUGGUACAAAACACCAACCGUGCGCCGAUGAAGUCAUCGCUCAAGUGGCGGACUGCCAAUAUCUGGACGGUGAAGACAAAUAUUUGACUCCGCGUGCCAACAGAGCCGUGGAUUAUACAAUAAUAAAAAACAACGUCACUUCUUUCGGUGUCCGUCGCUGUGGAAAUGCCGCGAUCGAUUCUCUCAUCGACAGCACAGAGUCCAAACUGUCUGACCUGUGCGACGGUUCUAAAAACCGCCCUUGGCUUCAUGAAGAAACCCCUCCGGGUGAGGGUAAAGCGAGGGAUCUCCCGGUUCCCUCAUGCAGAGAGGACGGCAUUGAAAGACCCAAGAUUAGGAAUAAGACGGCUGAGCUGGAGCUGCACCACGCCGACCAGGACCAGCUGGGCUUGCGAGACCUGCACUGCUCAGAUGACUGUGAGAACCAAACGACAGAGGUCUGGAUGGAGACGGAGGAAGCGCUGGUAGCUGCAGAGUUGAGUCACGUCGUGAAGGAGGAGAGGUCACCCCUGACAGAAGAAGCAAAGCGUCUGACCAACAGCCUGGCCGAGGACGGCGAGGGGGUGGGAGUAAACCGUGACAAUAAGAGCAAUCGGCAGGAGUGCCAGCGUUAUUCGCAGUCGGGUGAAUUGCUUGUUUGGCCCGAGGAAAACGACCAGUGGGCCGCUCCCGAAAAGAGGUGUUCGGAUCAUGAGCUGAGGUCUGAACUGUUCCCGGGCUUGCGGAGCGAAGCGUGGGAGGUGGCCGAGCGUCUCGUCGUGGGUCGGGAGUUUUGGGAGGCGGAAGAAAAUGAUGAGCUGGCAGGAAGUGAGCCUCACCCCGGUGUGCUGGUCACCUGUGAGGAGUCCUGGAAUGAUGAAAGGCAGGGCUUAACCGAAAAACCAUCCGGGAAGGAAAACGUACACCGGGAGGUUCAGCAGGAGGGGGCGGAUGUUCAACAGGUUGAAAAUUGGGAAAACCUCGUGGCAGCAGACAGAUUGAAUGCAUUGGGGAAAACGUCGGAUGAAGUGGAGAAUCAAGAAAUCCCCGAUCAAGAGAACUCCGAGGAAGGUGAGAACAAGCAUGAGUCUCUCGGUAUGUGUACGAUAGCGGAUGGGCGACUCGCGGGACCGGAGGAAAAUCACAACUUUAACAUUUGGCCUCAGCUUCAGCUCUGUGAGCUCCAGGAGAAGGAGCCGCCGCCGUCGUCGCCGGCCGCGGCGCAAAAAGUUGACAACAAUGCCGUUUCGGCGAACUGCUUCUCUCGCCCUUUGGAGAGUCAACAGGCCAAAGUUACCUUUUGCGAAACCGAAGGCCCUCAGGAGAACUACUCGGGCCAGCAAAACCUUGACUCUGACUUGUAUUGUCAAGUUGAAAGAGGACGUUCACCUGAUGCCGAGCACCCAGCAGAAGACGGCGUGACUGAUCCGCAGGUGGACAACUUCAGCUCAGUGGACUUCCCCAGUCCUCCUCCGAGCAUUGACCUUGACAUGCAGGACGAUAAGAUGCAGAGUUUAGAUGACUCUUUUCCGAGUCCGCCGCCAUCCUUUUCAGAGACCGAGGAAUCGAGCAGUCCCCCGAAUUUUGAAGAGGCAGAAUUUCCCCAAACCAGUUUCACGAAGCAAGAUCUGGCAACUAUUCGGAAGAAGGGCACCGUGGCCAAUCGGAACCACCCUUCUGAGCAUGUGUCACGAGACACCGAAAGGAACUCCUCCGAGACCCAAGGUCAGAAUGACGUCCACCCAUCACCAGUUCCUGUCAAUCACCUGCCUGAAUUAUUCAUUUCCGAAUGGAGAGACAUGGAUGAGGAAGCCUUGGAGGAUUUUGAGAAACUGGAACAACUGUGUUGCAUAUCCGGGGAUGAGGAGGAGGGCACCUUGGGGGACAUUUUCUUGGAAAACCUGGAGCUUUUAGAGUGCCUGAAGAAAACGCCCGAGGACACAAGCGAUUCCGCUGUCAAGGAGGGCAGGGUAGCUUCGGACGGGAUUCCCGAUGGAUCCCAUCUGCCGGUCGAUUCCUCAGACGUGGAGGAUGCGGAGGAGGCGUUGAGGUCACCGGAGCAAACCUCGGCCGCUAAGGAUCAGAGUCAUCUUUCCAAGAUGACCGCCAAGAACGGCCUCAAGAUGCAGGUAUGUGAAGAACGACUCCAGUUCUCCCUGAGUGAGAAUGUGAAAACCAACGUGCUUUGGGGAGCGACGGUUAAGGACGUGGUCACACUUCGGCCCUGGGGGGACAAAACGUCCGAGAGCGAGAGCGAGACGACCGCCGUGCAGGACCAAAACCAGGAAAACAGCCAAACGGAGCAGGAAAGCUGCGCUGAGCCCGAUGCGGAGAGCGAGAAAACUGAAAGCGGGCCGCUCACUGUGAUUGAACAACCAGAGGUUACAACGCUGCAGUCGUCCGCAAACCAGGCGAUCAAAGCCAAAGUAGCUCGUCUGUCUCUGGCCCUCCCGCCCCUCGCCCUGACUCUGCCCGGCAAAGGAGGAUUCGGAGACGGGGCGAUCGGCAGUCGGAUCGGCAGACGGAGGGGCUUGCUUCCGGGAAGUGAUCUCGAAGAGGAGGAGGAAGACGAGGCGGAGGACGAAAGCUCCCGCCGGGUCAUCGUCGUCACCGAGACGGACGUGGACAAACGCGUCGGCCUGAGAAGCCUGCUCAAGUCGCCCAAGGAGCCGUUGGACAGAGAGAGAGACAGAGGGAGAAAUGUGUCCUUUUUUGAUGAUGUCACCAUUUAUCUUUUUGAUCAGGAAACGCCAACUAAUGCGUUGAGCACUUCAGCGCACACGAGUCCAGCCGCCGCGUCCGUCAAAAACGCAUUACACGGUUCCAGCAGCAAAAACAAAGAUUUCAAGCGCAAAGAGGCCAGAGCCCCGGCAGGUGGGGCCAAUGCGGUGACAUCGUCACGGUUCACCGUCAGCCCGGCCAAGGACCCCCACUUGGCGUGAUGUCGCUUGAACCACGGGAAAGACUUUGGCGGUGAACCCUCGGAAACUGAGCCCUGAAUCGGACCCCAGCAAGCAACCAUUCACACAGAGGCUAUUUUUCUACUGGACAGGUGAAUGGAAGUGGACGAGUUUUGACCAGCCACCCUGUUUACAGAGUUUAUUCAAGCAUCUUUGGAAGGAGGAACCAGCGAGGCGUUUUGACACAGAUGCAGCGGGAGUCUCACUGUGUACCAGCUUCUCUUUUCCGCAUCAUUAUUCCCCAAAUGGGAGGGGAAGGGUCUUUGUUUGUCCUCUUCUUUUCGUUUUUUUGUUGUUUUUUUUGUUUUUUUUGUUUUUGAUCAGGCCUCUUCUUCAUUGAGGCUUUUUUACCGCAGUCGCUUCGAAACGCAAUUUGCUCAGCUCCUCCUAGAAUACGUUCACAUUUGUACAAAACGUCGCAAAGUGAAUAGGAGAUCAUUUUUGAAAUGUUUACUUUUUCAAUGUCUUCUUCUCAGCCUGCAUGAACAAUUCCAAACAAUCUUUCUUUGUACUUUGAGUUCCUAAAAAGUAGUCUCUUCUUUUCUUGCCAUUUCAUUUUUUUUCUGUUUGCAAAGCCAGAUGCUAAGCAUUUCUUUUGAUAUGUAUUUAUUGAUGUUAUUUAUUUUAUGCAGUUGUCAUACACACAUUUAUAAUUUGGGCCAGAAUGCAUCUAGAUUAUCUCUUCUGUAAGAUCUUCAUAACAAAUAAAGCAAAAUAUUUUCCCACACGUCUUAAUUGCACCAAAAAAAGGUAUUUUGUAUAAUUUUACCUGUCAAUAUGUACCAAUAUGUAAUACUUCAUUUCCUCCAAUGUCUAUGUAUGUUUAGCAGUGUUGUCAUUCUUUUCAAAAGGCUGAGUGUAGCUUAGCAUGACAAACUGACAAAAAAGGCUUUUCAUCAGUAAAUAGCUUCCGUUUCAUUGUGUGCGUGUGUGUGUGUGUGUGUGUGUGUAGAUGAUGAAUUUAUUUUGUACGAAUAACAAUCCAUCAUGCAGUCAUGGAUCGAAUAGUUUGUUUAGCCUGUUUUAGUGUUUAUUUAAAACCUGUCUUGUUUUAAGAAACUUAUUUCAAGGGAUAUUGUAAAAACCAUGGGGAAGAAUAAAAACUCCAAAAGCA